GUUUGUUGUUGAUUGUAUGUAAGGUUAUGUGCGCUUGAAAGUGGUUAUGUGAUUCCAUGCCGAUUGCAAGAUAGGAAAACCUAGUCCCACCAUCCGUACGUAAAUUGUUGACAAAAGUGCAAAAAUGUUUCGCAAAAGUGUACAAUCAUUGACGGCACUCACCAAAGCAUGCGGUUCAGCACAGUACCGGAGUCUCUACUCUGCGUCGGCGCUCGGCAUCGAAGGGUAUGAGGCGUACCGGGAGAAAACCCGCACCCAGCACCUGCACAACGUGGACAACUUCAAGCGCAAAAUGCGCGACUUUGUGUCUGGCUCGGCAACGAACAUGAUCUUUACCGAGGAUUUGAAAAACAUCAUCCACCUGAUCGACAACACGCCGGAAGACAAGCAGCUGCUGAAGGACAUAAUCCUCCGGUACAACCAGCAGGGGAAGGAGCUACGCUUCGGCAACUACGUGUUCGGGCCGGUCAUUAUGCGCGCCUGUCACCAUCUGGGCGAUGCCGAUUUGGCCCUCGACCUGUUCAAGGGUGCCGGGGGGGAUGGAUUUUUCGACCAGCUCACAAGCUACCAGAUACUGGGCGAUAUGCUGUACGAGAAGGGCCGCUAUCGGGAGGUGCGUGAGCUGUUCGAUUCGAUCAAGAGCCGGCAGAUACAGGGCGGCCGGUUUCCGAAGCACUGCAUCACGCUCACGUUCGCCGCCUGCUACAAGGAAAGCACGCCCGAAGCGUUCCAGUACGCGAUGGACCUGUGGAAGGAGCUGAACGCGGUCGGCCAUGUGCCGAUGCGGAAGGCAACGGCGUUUGCGGCCGCCCUUGCGCUGAACAACGGUCGGCCGGAGAUUGCGGUGGAGAUACUGGGCACGGUUGCCAAGGGUAAUUACGUGACGGUGCGGCAGCUGAAAACGUUGGCCCUGUGUGCGCUCGGCCGGCUGGAAGAUGUGGUGCCGAUCUUUCGCUCGGUGCUGGAGGUGAAGGGACCGUUCGAGAAGCAGCAAACGUACUGCCGCGAGGUCAUCCAGAAGGUGCAGGAAGCGGUGAAGCAGGCGAAGGAAGCGAGCGUCUCCAGCAGCAGCUUGCAGGAUUUGGAGCGGAUGCUCGAGUACCUCGAAACCAAUGGGCAGAUAGUGAAUGACACGCUGGACAGUAUACUUUGCUCCGAGAUUGUGUCGACGGCGCAGCGAAAAGAUAACAACAGCAAUCUGGCCGACAGCUACAACUCGCGCGGGGGUCGGGUACAGCAGCAGCAGCGAAACUUCCGACCGACGAAAAAGUAUCAGCAGCUCAGACCCGGUCUUUCGGAGAUGAAUUAGGGCGGCCCGGGGUAGUGGAAAACAGAUGGGAGAUUGUUUAAAUAAAAGGCGAUAUGUCUGUAGUAAGUUUAAAAA